AUGACGGAACGAAUGCGGAAAAAGGGUAAGGUUUAAUAGAAUAGAAAUCGAUUAUUUUUUUUGAAACGUUUAGCGCAAAUGUUGCUGAAAACUGGAAAGUUUAGCGAAGCAAUCGACUUGUACAACGAGGCGGCGCACGAAUUGCAGAGAAAUGGAAAACUCGAGGAGGCGAUUGAAGUAUCUCAAAAAGGUACGGUUUCUUCGAACGACAGGUGUCGUGUAAACGCAAAGUUCAAGCUGUUCGAAUUCUCAACGAGUUUUGCGCUAAAAAACGAGGAAGACGAUGAGAAGUACACGACGGGCGGAGUUUUCUAA